AUGAGUGGUGAAGAAGAAAAGACGAUAUGUGUGACAGGAGCUUCAGGUUACAUUGCUUCAUUGAUCGUCAAGCUUCUUCAUCUCCGUGGCUACACCGUUAAAGCCUCUGUCCGCGAUCCAAAUGAUCCGAGAAAAACAGAGCAUUUUCUUGCACUAGAAGGUGCAAAGGAAAGGCUUCAACUGUUCAAAGCAAACUUGUUAGAAGAAGGCUCUUUCGAUUCAGCAAUCGAUGGUUGCGAAGGAGUUUUCCACACCGCAUCACCAUUCUAUCACGAUGUCAAAGAUCCUCAGGCUGAGUUACUUGAUCCAGCGGUGAAAGGAACAAUCAAUGUUCUAAGCACGUGCUUGAAGACUCCCUCUGUUAAGAGAGUCGUCUUAACCUCAUCUAUAGCAUCUGUUGCUUUUAAUGGAAUGCCUCGGACACCGGAAACCCUAUGGUAUGUACUCUCAAAGACAUUAGCUGAAAACGCAGCGUGGGAAUUCGCGAAAGGGAACAAUUUGCAGUUGGUUUCGAUAAAUGCGGCUAGUAUUGGUUUGAUUCAGACAAUUACUAAGCUUGAACAUUUUACAUUUUCAGGAGCACAAACGUAUCCUAAUGCAACAUUCGGGUGGGUUAACGUUAAAGAUGUAGCGAACGCGCACAUUCAAGCGUUUGACAAUCCAGAAGCUAAUGGAAGAUACUGUUUAGUGGAAAGAGUUGCUCAUUUCUCUGAAGUUGUUAACAUCUUGCAUGAUUUUUACCCUGAUUUUCUACUGCCUGAGAAAUGUGCUGAUGAGAAAAUAUAUAUUCCAAUAUACAAAGUGUCUAAAGAGAAAGCAGAGUCUCUUGGGGUUGAGUUUGUUCCUCUGGAAGUUAGCAUAAAGGAGACCGUAGAGAGUUUGCAAGACAAAGGGUUCAUCAGAUUUUGA